CUUCCCUCCCGCUAGCAGUGGACAGUUGCAAGCGAUUCUCCUUGGCAAAGCCCUUGGAAGCCAACGUGUUGAAGACAAGAGCUGAUCCGCAAAUACUGCGUAAAGGUUUUGAAGGCGAUGUAUAGAGUUGCAGCUGUGCUCUAGUCACAGCUCCACUUCCUUCCGCAACGGCGCCAAGGAUGCUGGCAAAUCCCACAAAUCAUUCCCCCGAUAGGCCCCCGCACUAUAAAGGAUCUCCUUCAAAGUGCGACUUAAACCCAGAACCUGUUCCACAUCGAAACGACUCGCACGAUGCCUACCAUCUACUCGAGGGAAUCCCCACUCGACGAUGAAUCAUGCCCUGCGCAGCUUCUCCCAGACACCGGUGCAUCUGACAUCCCAUCGGCCAUGAUCAAUGACGUCGCCGCCGCCAUGCCAUCGCCACAGGUUCUAGGUCUCGUUUUGUUUCUCUGCACGGUCAUUGCCGCAGUCUUGUUCUGGGCCGCGCCGGGAAGAGUCUCUCGUGCGAUGAUGGCCGCCAUUGGCCAGGCCGACGAAGAGUACCUUGCUGCAGCUAAAACGGGAGCGGUUGAGCCGCGUGGGAAGAUGGCUGAGGAGCUUGAGCAACUUCACGCGACGGCGUCGGCGCUCAGGCAGGAGUACCUCGAGAGCUCCCUCUCACACUGGAGCGGUAUCAUUUACCUGCUGAAGGGACGUCCCCUGAGACUAGUCUUCUGCAGGCGCGCAAUCCAGCUCUUCCGAACUCGUACCGAGAUUGCCAAGGAGGUGCACAAUCGAUUGCUACCAGAGCCAGAACCUAUCGUGGGCCACCGCCGUCGAGUUGCCGCUCAACCACUUUCCGCAUCGUAACGACCGUCUUUUCGCUAUCAUCAUUAGGCACACCGGCAUGUCACACCGCAUUCCAUAUCCGAUGCUGAAGGCCCUACUUUACCCUGUAACUUGGCCGAUACAAUCAGAAUCAUGACACAAUUCUAUCCGCCCGAAUCGAAUUGGAGCUGAUUCCUCAGACAAUUUGAGCGUGUCCGAACUCAACAAUGAUUGUCCCUAGUCACAGCCAAGACCAAUGUCGUAUGCUUCUCUGGAACGUCGAAACCGUCUUUUCGCCGAAGCUUUGUGCUGCCCGGUUGGCUGACGUUGUCGCAUCCGCUCCGCCCACAGACAUAAAGAAUGUUCAUCUGCCUGUUUUGUAUUGCAAAUAGGACAUACUCUGCAGCAUCGUACGCGAGGAUCUUCGGCUCGUUCUAUGAGCACGAGUUCCUGGGAUUCCAGCUUGUCAUAAUCGCAACCUGCAGUUGCUGUGAUGUGAUAAUCGAGCUUGGCCAGCCCUCCCAAGCGGAUGCUUUGGAGCAAUCAAUGACGUUGCGGGUGCGUGGUGAGCGACUCGAACAUUCAGUUGCCGAUUCCAGCUCAGACAUCCCCUGUCGCAAGUCGUCUCGGAGGCCAGCGGAUUUGAGCAUGUCUGAGACACCCCCGGAGGUACAAAUCUUGGCUGGGGGAUGUAGACUGAAUGAUAUCCCCCUUACCUAUAACGAUUAUGCACAUCAUCCGCUCCAGCCCAUCGUCCUCUGAUACGAUCCGUCGCCGAACCAUCCCAAACUUCUUCUCCUUUGGCACGAGGAAGCCUGCACCACCCCCAAAGCCGUUCAUCUCGUCGUCCUCUUUGUCGUCGGUUUCGUCCACCUCGCACGAGGCCAAGUCACCUCCCGGCAGCCUAGAUAUCGCUGGGGCCGGCUUUGAGCGACAAGUGGUCUUAUCGGAGGAACAGCUCAGAAACCCUCCCGAGACGUUCUCUAAUGACCUCGCCGCUAUCCUGUUCAUGGAUUCCCCCGCGAAGCCCAGCCAGACCGUCACGGGUGUCUGCUUCAGGAAGGAAGUCGUCUUGACCGAGGAAGAGCUUAACCGAGCACCCGCUCUGCCGAAAGCUCCUAUGCUCACACCCAUGCUCACACCCAAUCUCCAAAAACGCUUCUCUCGUCGCCAUUCGACGUUUGUCCCGCCGACGCCAGUCGAUCUGUCCACCCUCGUCCGAUCGGACGUUCCCCUCGUCGUCGAGCACGUUGGAACACCCGCCCUGAGAAGGGGCCCAGCACCUGCGGUGGACGCUGCUUCCAAAAAGCGUCACCGGCAUUCGUUGUUCGUCACGAGCGCACCAAAGUCGGACGCUGUCUGUGAAGGAUGGUGA